AUGUCUGGAAAGUCGGAUUACGUUACUAUUGGAGAAAAGGUUUGGCCCGAUGGAUGCAGGGCCGUUGGUCAAGGUACAGCAACAGGACUUGGUUCAGGUCCUAGCCAGUACCAAUGUACGUAUGUGACCAAGAAAAGUGCUCUAGGUGAUGGCCAUUUCAGUGUAGUGAAAGAAUGUAUGAAUACAAUGACAAAAGACCGGUAUGCAAUGAAACUGGUCGACAAGAGACUGGUAGUGGACAAGCUACAGUUGAUCCAGCGGGAGAUUAGUGUGUUGAAACGGAUCAGCGAGUUGAUCAGGGAGUUGGAACGUGUUAAGAAAACGGAAAGUGGUGGGAACCAGGCUGUUUUUGAAGGUCAUCACCACGUUCUACAGCUAUUUGACUUCUUUGAAACUCCAAAGAACAUUGUGCUUAUCACGCAACUCUGCGAGCCCGAAGACCUUUACGACAAGAUCUUGAAUGCUGGCCAUUUGGACUUGAAGAAACAGGUGCAGCCAUUCACGGCUUGUAUUCUGAGUGCGCUGCAAUUCUUGCACGAACACGGAAUUAUUCAUCGGGAUAUCAAGGCCGAGAACGUAUUGUUCCGGCUACGGAACUCGAGCUCGAGCAACGCGUUGCUCGAAGUGCCCCAGGAGGGCGCUGAUUACGAUACCAGUGCACACGACUUGAUUUUGGCCGAUUUUGGGCUUGCCAUCAAGGCUAGCACCGGGAGCACAGAGUUUGUCGGAACAAUCUCGUACUUGGCACCGGAAAUCGUCGCAUGUAAGAACAGCGCCCGGAUGUCUGCCGUGCAAUUGAACAGGUUGAGACCCUACGGACGCGGGGUUGAUAUCUGGGCGCUUGGGGUGUUGUGCUACUUCAUGGCGUUUGGUUACAUGCCUUUUGAUUGCGAGACAGAUGCCGAGACAAUGGACUGCAUUACAAAGAGCGACUACUACAUGGAUGAGGAAAAAGUCCAGGAUCCCGACUUUAAGGAGUUCUGGUCGUUCUUGGAGCGCUGCUUUGACGUUGAAAUGGACACACGUAGCUCAGCGGACGAAUUGGCAGCACAUGGGUUCUUGUGUGCGCAAUAUUUCCCAAAUAAACUAGCGAAAAGCACUGACGUCGCCAAGGGAAACAACGCUACAAAAUUAACAACAAAGCCUGUGCUCAAGGUUUCUAAAUCAUCUUCGAACAUCCACUCUCGUGCUCCACCAUCAAGGUCUGCCAGCACGCUGUCCAUGGACCUUGGUGAAUCGAUGAGACGUUCGAACUCAAGCGAGGCUAACCUCAACAGAAUUAGAGAAACUUUGAAGAAAACACUCUCUAUGACAUCGAUCAAGAAUGCCGGUGGAAUUCCCAACCCCAAUGCCAAUAUCGCUAACAACUUCAAUAGAGGCAUUUCUACAUUUACUCUUGAACCGGAGCUUCCGAACGUGGCUCUGAUGAACGGAUGCCUAUGCGCAACGCCUAAAUCGUACUCUAAUUUUACAACUUCGCCAGUGAUGUCGCGUAACGCCUCGCGCAGCAACAUCAACACUGCUUAUGGCUCCUGGAACGAACCGCACAUUUCUGCUCUAAAUUCCGGAGCCACGUUAACGGAUUCGGAGGCUCAAGCCCAGAACGAGACAAUGUCAUUAGCCAUGGCUUUGGGUACGGGCACGUCGCAAGGAACAGUCACUGGAGGAGAACCAAUUCACAGAAACCACAAGACGGUAUUUGAAUUAUGA